AUGGCUGCAGUCAAUUCCAAAUCCAAUACACCAGCAUUGGCUUCUGAAACUACACAAACAACAACAACAACAACAACAACAAUAAAGAAUGAACCUUCAAAACCAACAGCAACUUCAGUAGAUACAGGACCCGUUCAAGCAUACGCCAAACUUGAAGGUCAACAUUUCUGUUAUUAUAUUCGUACUUUACAAGUGACAUUGGGUAGAAAGGUCAAUCGUCCAGGAAAAGGUGAUAAAGUGGAUAUUCCUCUUGGCAAUUUAAAGUCUGUUUCACGCCAACACGCUAGACUCUUCUACAAUUUUACAACACAAAGAUUCGAAAUGAUGGUCAUUGGAAAAAAUGGUGCUUUUGUCAAUGACCAAUUUAUUGAACGUGGUAUUACCGUUCCACUAGAAAACCGUACCAAAAUCACCAUUGGUGAAGUACACUUUAUCUUUUUAUUACCUUACAUGGACGCGGAUGAUACUGGCAACAAUACGAACAAACCUGAUUCAGUUGGUUAUAUAUCGACUCCUCAACAGAUUGAAAAGCAACGAAAACGAAAAGCUCCUCAGGACAAUAACAACAAUGGUACAAACACUAUUACAACUGGUGGUGGUGGUGAUGAAGAUGAUGAGGAAGAGGAAGUGGAUGAAGAAUUGAAGAAAACUAUGAUUGGUUAUCCUGGUGUACCGAAUCCUUAUAUUGGCAAAGAAGAUAAACCACCCUUCUCUUAUGCAAACCUUAUUGCUCAAGCUAUCAAUGCCUCAACGGAAAAAAGAAUGACUCUGAAUGAAAUUUAUACCUAUUUAUCAACAACUUAUCCAUACUUCAAAAAAGUUUCAUCUACUGGUUGGCAGAAUUCUGUGCGUCACAAUUUAUCACUGAACAAAGCUUUUAUCAAGAUGCCAAGGUCGAAUAAUGAUUCUGGAAAAGGUGCUUUCUGGACAAUUGAUCCUAAAUUGGAGCACAGUAUCUUUGCAACAAAUGUACCCAUCAAACAACGAAAUAGCAAACGUAGUAGUGGAUUAUCAUCACCAGCAACAUCAAGCAAGGAUGGCGAUGAUGAUAAGGCUCAGCUUCAAUUACAGUUACAGAACACUAUCAGGCAGCAUUUAUUGGAUCCUAUUCGCAAUCCUCUUCCUCCCACGAUUGCUCAACUUUUACCCCAAGCUAUAGCUCAACUACCUCCUCAAAUCGCCAAUCAAUUGUCCACCACCUUGAAUGUAGCAUUGAGAGCUCAACAACAACAUCAUUUACAGCAACAACAACAACAACAACAACAACAACAACAGCAGCAGAAACAACAACAGCAAGUAAAAUCUCCAACGUCCCAACAACAACAACAACAACCACAACAAAAACAAUCGACAUCACAAACAUCUCCUCAACCUUCUCAUCCAUCUUCACAACAAACAGAAGGAAGUUCACAAGCAUCUACAGAUGUGCCAUUGUCAUUAUCACCAUCAUCAACAUCAAAUGCAUCUACUUCAAUAGGAUCAUCUAGCCCAACGACAAACUCAGCAACAACAACAACAAUAGUCAACAAGGCGUCUAGUGCAUCUACUACGAAACAUGUGGACGUUGAAAAAAGUGAUACAGACACAUUAACCAAAAAAGAAUCAGAGAAACCUGCUUUGGACAACACAACAUCAUCAUCAAGUCAAGAAAAACAAGACAAAGAAGAAACGACAUCUUAAAACAUCAUCAACGAAAUAUCCUUGCCCCCCCAUUUUAUAGUUAGUUUUAUCUCAUGUUUCUUCUUCCCUUUUCACAUCCAUAGUUUAGCUCCUCUUUUUUUUUUUUUUUUG